UUUUGCCUGUCAGUGGCACUUUGAAUAUACAACCAGCCAAUCUCUCUCUCCCCCGUCUCUCUCGAGUAAGCCCAAAAGCUAACAAAAAACAAAAACACUUUUUUGAUUUUUCACCAUUUUUUGCCGCCAUCAAACCUCCCUCAAUCAAAUUUCUCUGCAACUCACUAUCUUCUUCUCAAAUUCAAGAACAGCCCAAUCCAAAUCCAAAUCUAUGUACACAAGUUUACAUAUAUUUAAGCUUAUGGGCAGUUCCAAGAGCAUUUUUAGUUCAAUUCAGUUUCACCAUUUUCUCUCUCUAAACCAAUUUCAAAAACUGAAAAGAUCCAUCUAUGCUCUGCUCUCCUUGUUCUUGCUUCUCCUCUUAGCUUGCCAUGUAACUUCCAUCUUCUUAUUAAACCUACCCCUUACCGCCAAAACCCCUUCAGGCACCUCGCCGGAAAAUGCUGCCGGAAAAUCAAGAAAAUGGGAAUACUCAAAUUCCGUCAAGCUCACUUCUUUUAUGGUUUACGCGAUAAAGGAAGAAAACCCAGUUUCGAAAUUGCAAAAAGAACCACCCCUUUUGCAUAAAUCUCGAAAUUUGGUGUCUUUGAGUGAAAAUCAUACGGAAGCUGUAUCAAGAACACAAGGAGGAAAUGUAUGGAAUGUGGUCAAGAUUUUGAGUGCCAGGAAAAACCCGAAAAGGUUUUCGAAUAAAGUGAAGAAGUUUUUUGGUGAAAGAUCAUGUAAGUUUCGAUUUUUCAUGACUUGGAUUUCUUCAUUUGAUUCAUUUGGUAAUAGAGAAUUAUUUGCAGUAGAGGCUUUGUUUAAGUCACACCCUAAUGGCUGUUUGAUAAUUGUAUCGAAUUCUUUGGAUUCGAUUAGAGGAAAACAUAUUUUGAGGCCUUUUGUGGAUAAGGGGUUUUGGGUAACUGCAAUUUCACCAGAUUUCAGUUAUUUAUUUGAGAAUACUGUGGCUGAAUCAUGGAUAAGUCGGUUGCGUAGGGGAAAUAUGAAUACUGGGGAAAUUUCCUUGGGUCAAAACCUUUCGAAUUUGCUUAGGCUUGGUUUGUUGUAUAAGUUUGGUGGAAUUUAUAUAGACACUGAUAUUGUAGUUUUGAAAAGUUUUAAGAAGCUAAGAAAUGUGAUAGGGGCACAAACUAUUGAUGUUGAAACAAGAAACUGGAGUCGGUUGAAUAAUGCUGUAAUGAUUUUUGAUAAAGGGCAUCCAUUGCUGUACAAAUUCAUUGAAGAGUUUGCACUUACAUUUGAUGGGAAUAAAUGGGGUCAUAAUGGUCCGUACUUGGUUUCUAGGGUUGUGUCAAGGGUUACUGGUAGGCCUGGUUAUAAUUUUACAGUUCUACCGCCAAUAGCAUUUUAUCCAGUUGAUUGGAGUAGGAUCGGCGAAUUCUUUCAAAGGCGUAGAUAUGAUAGUAAUUCGACAUGGUUAGAUGCUAAGGUGAGGCAUAUUCAUAAACAGAGCUAUGCUAUGCAUCUUUGGAAUAAGCAGAGCAGAGGGCUUAAAGUUGAAGAAGGGAGCAUCAUUAAACAGAUUAUGUCAGAAAAUUGUGUCUUCUGCAAUGACAUUGUUAGAGUAGAAUAGAGAUGUCAAACAUAUGCAUCAGCUCAUUGCAGCCUCGCAGGUGCUCAUGUAAAAAAAAUUCAAACCUUUACUGUGUGUGCUUAUGAAUCCACUCAAUUCAUUGCACGAGUAGUCUAAAACCAAAUUGUACAUUCUCCAUUUCUAUUAGAAAUUUCAGUUAGCUGUUGUUUGAAUAUUGGACAUCUUCUAAUUAUGUUCCAUUUGUACUUUCUUUGAGAUCAGACCAUUGAAAUAGCAAUAUAAAAAGUUGAGCAUAUUUGUAUUCUA